GGGUCACAGGAAUACACACAACUUGUAAAAACACAGCUUUUUAAAAAAUUUUUUUUUUAACCAAUAUCACAAAUAAAGUCAACACAGACAAAAGGAGAGUGGUACAGAUUUUUGCAGUGUGCCCACACAGACGCCAAAAAGCAAGAAUUAAACCCUCAGUUUCAGGAAUGAAUAAAGAUUUCAACAAACCGGUUCAGCUUUUACAACAAGCAAAAUCUCUCGCCAUUCGUAUCUGGCUUCCUUUCAGUCUGGUUAUUUCCUCUUAAAACCUAAAUAAUACCAAUUUUACAGGCACCUCAGUCCACUAAAAUAGUGGAAAAACACUAUAAUCCCAUUUGGUCCUUAUUCCUAUUUUUUUUCCACGCCCUCUUUGAUUUGGUUCAUAGCCCCUUAGUGGAUGGGAUGGGGAUGGGGAUGGGGAUGAAGAGGUGCAUAUGUUGGCAUAGUCUGCACAGCUGGAGGUCCUGGUCCUUGCCCUCACCCGUCCCGUUGACCCCUGCACCCCCCCCCUGAGGCUACUGUAGCGUGCUCCAGUCUUGUCUCAUCUGAAACAUGCUGUUCCUGACCUGAGAAGCACCUGAUUCAGCUGCAUAUUGCUGGAAGAUGCACAGAAAGUCUCUUUCUACCAUAUACAAGGAAAUUACCUGGACCUACACUGGCUUGGUGGGUCAGUCCGAGUGGUCGCAGUAUUUCCCUGACUGCGGUGGUACUUCCCAGUCCCCAGUUGACGUGGUAACCACCCAGACUAAAUAUGACCCCAGUUUGAUCCCUGUGACCCCACUGGGCUACAGUCAGCACGGCAACAAACCCUUCACUCUGUACAAUAACGGACACACAGCGGUGAUUGAGCUGCCAGACUGGAUGGGAUUAGGCGGAUUGCCCUGGCUCUUUACAGCUGUACAAAUGCACCUUCACUGGGGCAGCGGCGGCCCGAGCCACGGUGGCAGUGAACACACCAUCAAUGGACAGAGUGCAGAUGCAGAGCUACAUGUGGUGCACUACAACUCUGAGCUCUACCCCAACAUUUCCACAGCGAUGACACAGAGGGACGGCCUGGCUGUUUUAGGAAUUCUCAUUGUGACCGGUGAGGAGACCAAUCCAGCGUUUAAUAGCAUCCUGAACUACCUGAGCCGCAUCAGACAUGCAGACCAGAAAGCGUCCAUCCCAGCCUUUGAUGUCCAGUCCUUACUCCCUAAGGAUCUGGGACGCUACUACCGCUAUAACGGCUCCCUAACAACGCCGCCCUGCCACCAGAGUGUCAUCUGGACGUUGUUCCAUGAGAGGGUUCAAAUCUCAAAGGCACAGCUGCUGAAGAUGGAGACGAUACUUUAUUCCAGUAAAGCUGAAGAUCCGGACAGAAUGCUGCUGCAGGACAACUACCGAGCAACUCAUCCUCUCAACCACAGGGUCGUCUUCUCCUCCUUCAGUGCAGAAUCAGGGAAGGAGCUCUCUUCUGGUGAAGUCACUGCCAUAGUGAUAGGAGUGAUGUGUGGCUGUGUAGGUCUGGCAGUAAUCAUUCGCUUCAUCGUGAAGACAAUACGGAUGAAGGAACCGGAGAAAGCGAAAGAGAAAAAACAAGACAUGGCUCUCAACUCGACCUCUGAAGCAGAAAAGAAAGAAGAACCGUCACUGUCUCCUCAAACUGAGCCCUAGCUGACAGCACGGUCCAAUUCAAGCCUUGUCCAGCAGCCCGUAAACACUAUCUUCUCCCCUCUUGUUAACAAUGUUAUCACUGAUACGUGUCUCCUAAUGGGACAGAAAGCAAACAUGUUUUCUCUCAUCAGUUACAAAAGGAAGCAUGAAAAAUCAAUUUUUUAUGAAACUGAGGGAGGGAAGUAACCUGGACACAGGGGAAGUCAUCUGCUGCUCUAACCACCUGUUUUCCAUCCAUAUUCAGUGAUGUUGGCAGUCUCGGUACCAGACAUUUCUUCAGUUUGCACAUGAAGCACUUGGUGUGAAUAUGUCAGUUUGUUCUCUCUGAUUUGUACGUUUGCUCUUGCAAUGCCUGGGAUGCAUGAAUGAUUCAUGUAAAUACUUUGUACAAUAUAUUUUAUUGUUUACGUCAUUUCAUCUUGUUCAUCCUGCCUUGAAGCACAAGCCCACUGCACUGUAUGAAAUGUAAUAGACUUAUGACAUGUUUAUUUGUGAAUUCAUAUCCAAUUUAUUAUUAUUUUCUUUUGCCCCAGGACUUGAGCAUUGAAACAAAGUGGCCAAUCUGGCAUGAAAACACAGAGGAGGUGCUAUCAGAUGAAUUAAAUUUCACUGGUCUAAAGGGAUUUGAAGCACAUGAGUAUAUAAGUGUUUGUAUAUACUGAUACUGUCCAAACAUAAAGGCUCUGUACAGAAAUCAACACGUUAUGUCAUAAAUGGAGGAGAUAUAUUUAUCUACUUGUGGUUGAUUCGUUGAAAAGAAGAAGACUCCCGGUGCCGAAUGUUUCUGUGUCAUCUUUGUUUGAUUUUCGAUGUACAUUUCAAUAUGGGCACCACAUUAAAACACUUGAAUGGCAACAUCACCUGCUUUACAUUUCUUCUUUAUGUGACUUAAAAUAUCUG